AUGUAUUCGUCUGGAGAAAUUUAUUCACUCACCUUCAAAAUUCCAAAGAAAGAUGAAAAGAUACCAAAACUUGUACUUUCAAAGACAAAGUUUCCUUCUGUUAAAAAGAACGAUGCUGUGAAAAAAGUGAGCUAUGAAACCUAUAAAAUAAUUAGCUGUGAACAACAAUCCAUAAACUCUACAGUAGUUACGCCUAUCUCUCUGCAGGAAAAAGCAAUAUCGAUGAGCUUUCGGCCAAGAAAUCAGUUUAUCAUUGCCAGAAAUAUCAUCAGCAAAUAUCUUAGAGAAGAAGAAGAGAUUUCAAAUGCCUCUAUAUCCAAGGCUGCAGCGAAGAUUUGGAAAGAAUCUGACAAUAACUUUAGAUACUAUUUUGAGUACUUAGCUUAUUUUGAGAAUCUCUGGCAUCAAGAAAAGUUUCCAAAUGAUCUGUUGAGAUUCAAAACAAAAAACUUUAAGGAGAAGAUUAUGCUUGAGUCUAUAAAAGGAAAUACGAACCAUAGACAGAAUACGAGAAAAAUCUCUCCACAAAACAUCGAACUGCGCUCAAUUUUGAAUAAUGAUAAACAAUAUGUUGAUUUGUGUUCAACAUCAUACACCAAAGAGCAGACACAACAGAUUACUAAAAAAAAUUCAAGGCACUAUGAGUUUGAAAACAAAGAAAAGAAAAGAAAUUCAAAAAAAAAUUCAGAAAAACUAACUGGAAGACCAGAGAAGUUAUUUCUUUCUAAAUUUUCCGUUUCAAAAUCAACUACUAAAAAGAAAAGAAAGAUCAGCACGAAAGAGAAAGAAACUUCAAAGAAUGAAAAUCUACUUUUAUCCUUGAAACUUAUUGAAGAAAAUACAAUAUGCUCUCAAGAAAUUAAUAUGGGGGCUCAGGAAAGCAGUGAAUUCACUGGAUUUUUGGACCAAGAUUUACUUAAGUGCGAUGGACUGUCCUUCCCAUCACAAACUGAUUUACUCCCUCUACCAUUCUAUGUUGAGUACCAAAAUCAAGACAAAAUUGAUGAAGAUGAAAAUAUCUUCUCAAAAUAUCUGGAAUCGAUGAAAAUUAUGAAGAGUGAGAAUCAAUACACUAUUGAUCAGCAAAGCACCAUUUUGGGACAUGAAUUAAAUGAGAUAUUCAACAGUAGCAGUAAUGAGUGCCCUCCAGAACAGCCAAAUUUAGGGAUUGGAACUAUUAUUAACUCCCAUUUAGCGAUGGAUAAUAACCACCAGAUAAUGAAUCAAGACUAUCUAGUCCCCAAAGAUUUUAUUUCUAUGCAUCCUCAAGUAGACGAAAGAAACUAUCAGAAAGAAAGAUAUCUGGCUUAUCCUGCAGUGGCAUUCUGUCAAAUGGAAUUCUUAGAUUCUCUCAUGACAGAUAAAUCACUAGUAUUUGAGUCAACGGGUACCAAGUAA